ACAGAUCCUGAUACCUUUUAUAAGAACUCUUACAUCAAACAUAAUACGUCAUGGGCAGCUGGCGGAAAUGUGACCAUGGGUUGUGAUGAUGGUUACACAUUAACUGGUGGUGGUGUAAUUUUUUGUCAGAGGGAUUCCCAAUGGCAAAAAGAUAUAUUUUUAUGCGCGAAGGAUUGCACAGACCCUGUAACUUUGUAUACGAACUCCUACAUCAAACAAAAUACGUCAUGGGCAGCUGGAGGAAAUGUGACCAUGAGUUGUGAUGAUGGUUACACAUUAUUUGGUUAUAAUGUAAUAUUUUGUCAGAACAAUUCCAAAUGGCAAGAAGAUAUCUUUUCGUGCGCAGAAGAGUGCACAGACCCUGAAACUUUUUAUAACAACUCCUACAUCAAACAAAAUACAUCAUGGGCAGCUGGAGGAAAUGUGACCAUGUGUUGUGAUGAUGGCUACACAUUAAUUGGUGAUGAUGUAAUAUUUUGUGAGAACAAUUCCCAAUGGCAAAAAGAUAUCUUUUUAUGCGCAAAGGAUUGCAUAGACCCUCAAACUUUUUAUAACAACUCCUACAUCAAACAAAAUACAUCAUGGGCAGCUGGAGGAAAUGUGACCACGAAUUGUGAUGAUGGCUACACAUUAAUUGGUGAUGCUGUUAUAUUUUGUGAGAACAAUUCCCAAUGGCAAAAAGAUAUCUUUUUAUGCGCAAAGGAUUGCAUAGACCCUCAAACUUUUUAUAACAACUCCUACAUCAAACAAAAUACAUCAUGGGCACCUGGAGGAAAUGUGACCAUGGGUUGUGAUGGGGGUUACACAUUAAUUGGUUAUAAUGUAAUAUUUUGUCAGAACAAUUCCAAUUGGCAGGGAAAUAUCUUUUCAUGCACAGAAGGUUGCAUUGACCCAAGGUUAUCAUCUGAACACUCGUACAUUGUAAACUAUCAGGAAGGAACGUUGUUUCAGUAUGGGAUGACAAUUAAAUUACAAUGUGAUUCUGGAACCACCUUGACCCCCAAGUGGAGUUAUGGAGAAAUUACAUGUGAAAACAGUGGUAAUUGGUCACAUCAAAUCAAAUGCAUACCAGACUGUCCAGAUCCAAGAACAGCUAUACAGGUUCCUCAUGCGAUGGUUAGAGGUUUCACAGACCAAUCUUCAAAAACCUUUGGUGUAUCAUAUGAAUUUAGGUGUAAAGUAUUCUACACCAUGUAUGGGGAUGGUCGUAUUGAAUGUCUUGCGAACUCUACAUGGUCCGAAAUAAAAUUUCAGUGCAAAACAUGCAAAUGGCCAUGUCGGAAACGCGGAAAUCCUCGUUACGAAUAUGUUACUGAUGAAGUUGUUCACAAGAUAAAAGAUGAAACUGAGAAAGAGUUGGCGGUUCAGAAAAAAUUGACAUCAACAUAUGUUAGAAAAAGAAAAAGUGCAAAGGAUGAUCGUCCAGUUGCAAAGUCGAUUGGUGUAUUUGGUAUUUUUUUCAUUACGCUUGUUGUCGCUGCAGUUGUAGCUUCUGACUAUAUUAUUCUAAGGAGACAUUUCAUGCAGCUAUUUACAAAUCUGACAAAUAUUGUUCGCCGAAUGAGGCGAUAGAAAAACAUACAUUUGGAGAAAACAAUUAUAUAAGAAUGUUGAAGGAAGGUUGGGGAAAAAAAUGAUGCGCCGAAAGAUAUUAAACUGAUAACAUAAAUAUAAUAAUUCCGUAGAGAAAAGAUAAUAUAAUAUUAUAUUCAGAUUUCCCCAUACUUUAAUUUCAAUUUGAAAAA